AUGGCGGACUCGCAACAAAUCACGACUCUGGUCGCCUCGCUGUUCGCCGAUCAUCCAGACACGUAUGUCCAAUUCCUGAACGGCCGCUACCGAGGAAAGGAAGGAGUUCAUCGCCUUUAUAUGGAGCGGUUCGCCAAAAGAUUUGUAGCCGGUCGCAACGGCCCGAUUGAUGGAUGGCUGCUAGAUCACCUCAUGGCACAAGACAUUGUUGAUUUCGACCCAAAGGCAGGAAGAGCGAAGGCUAGAAUCCGUGCCUUCAUGAGUGCAGGAACCCACGAGUCCAUGUCCCCAAACUUUCCGGGUGGCUACCGACAGUGGUGGGAAGGAGGCCUAUACGAGAAUGAGUACAUUCUACAGGAUGGAGUGUGGAAGAUCCUUCGUCUUCGCUAUUUCCCAUUCUGGCACGGAUCUUUCGAGACAGGCUGGAAGGGAGCAAAAGAGUUUGUUCCCUUGUUCAAGGAGGCGCACCCGGCGGAUCCACUGGGCCCUGAUGAAAUAGUUGAUGACUUUGUUCUUUGGCCUGACACUCGGGUGAUACCCUUCCACUACAAGCACCCAAUUACAGGCGACGAGGUGGCCGAAGAGGAUAUGAGAGCUCCUCAGUGGCUAGAAGACGCUAAUACCGCCCCGCCUGCUCGGAUGAUCACAGACUGGGGGUUUUGA